UGGGUAAGCGCUUGAAGGCAUUGUGAGAUAUAUCAGGUUUGAUUAGCUUAUAAAUUAGCUUUGGAUCGAAGGCAAAACGUUAAUUUCAAGUUGCCCUCCGGUCAGAUGUGGAAACGUUCCAGAGAGCAGAGCUCUGGUGUGGGAGUGGCAAAUUGCAGGUGAGUUCCACCCUACCUGCAAUCAAAGGAAACUUGGAGGGUAAAGAUAACAGGAGAACAUUUGGGCUGUGAGGACAGUUAUUCACUUAGAAGAAAUUAAAUAAAGACACCAGCUGACAUGCCCCUGGUCUGCUCCCUGGUGCUUCCUGCUCUGCUGGGCUCUCUGCUGGUCUCUCUGGCCAGUGCUGUCUGCCCCCCUGGAGGGCAGGGUCAAGCUGGCCACUGGGACUGUCCGGCUGAUGUGACCAUCGUGCUGGACACCUCGGAGAGCGUGGCUCUGAGGGGCAAGCCCUAUGGAUCCCUGGUGGAGCAGAUCAAACAGUUUGCAAUGAACCUUGUGGACCAGCUCGACACCAGGUACUACCGCUGUGAUCGUAACCUGGAGUGGAACGUGGGAGUUCUGCACUACAGUGAUGAGGUGAAGGUGAUGAGUGAACUGACCAGCACCAGCGAGAAAGUAGCCAAAGCUCGGAUCAAGACAGUCAUUCAGGACAUCCGCUACAUCGGCAAAGGAACCCACACAGAUUGUGCCAUCUCCGUGGCAACUGGACAGCUGAUGAGAGGCUCUCCUCUCCGUGGGAACAAGUUCAUGGUGGUGGUGACGGACGGGCAUCCCCUGGACGGCUGGAAGGAGCCAUGUGGUGGGGUCGCACACGCCGUGGCCGAGGCCAGGCUCAUGGACGUACACAUCUUCGCCGUCCCCAUCACUCCUCAUCAUCUGGAUAACAGACUUGGCUCUAUUGCCACAGAAAUGCAGCCCACCCAGAACUUCUCUGCUACUAGUGAGGAUCCCCAGGUGGUCAGAGACACCAUCAGCUUCAUCCUGGCUUCCAUGUAUAAGCAGUCAGAGGAUUUGUGCUGUACGUUUGAGUGCAAGGCAUCUGAAGGACCCCAAGGCCCUCUGGGGGAUGGUGGUGAAGUGGGAACUCCAGGACGCCAUGGGAUUAGUGGGAAGCCAGGAAGUUUGGGAUCUAAGGGAACAGCAGGGGACCCCGGUCCCCCUGGACACAGAGGUGAAAAGGGUGACCAAGGUCGACCUGGUGACAGAGGUCCAAGAGGACUAUCUGGACAAAAGGGAGAGGGGGGUGUAACUGGAGUGGAUGGGAAGGAUGGAUUUGGGGGAGACCCUGGAGCUGUGGGCCUACCAGGCUGUAAAGGAGAUGAGGGGGCAGUGGGAAACGCAGGUCUUCCUGGACAGAAAGGAGAUGCUGGAUCUCAUGGACUACAAGGGCCGAAGGGUGAACCGGGCUCACCAGGGGGCCCCGGUAGCCCAGGGGUAGUGGGCCCCUCCGGGGUGAAGGGAGAGACGGGACCAAGAGGAGCUCCAGGAAGCAGAGGAGACCAAGGGGAGGAUGGAGACUAUGGUCCGCCUGGAACCCCUGGUGGACAGGGGGAGACAGGAGAGAGGGGGCCCAGUGGGCCGACUGGAGUACGGGGGGCUCCAGGAGAAAAGGCAGAGCCAGGUCCACCGGGAGCUCAGGGUCACGAGGGCCAAUCAGGAGCUAUAGGCUCACAGGGUACGAGUGGUGUGGAGGGACAGAAAGGCCACAAGGGAGAAGCAGGAAACCCAGGUCUUGCGGGUGUGAAGGGCCCGCGAGGGACUCCAGGACCGACAGGGGUGAUGGGGCCAAUGGGAGAGAGGGGAGAGGAUGGAGCACCAGCUGAUGGCCAGCCAGGCAACGCAGGAAUACAGGGCCACCCUGGUUUGAGGGGACAACCAGGGGUAAAGGGUAUCAGAGGACUCCCUGGCAUAAAGGGAGAUGCUGGCCAAUCAGGUGACCCGGGUGAUGAUAAUGGGCAGCCGGGGCCAGGAGGACCUCCGGGGCCGAAAGGAUAUCCUGGUUUUGAAGGAGAGAAUGGUGUUCCAGGGCCUGUGGGCCAUGCAGGUCUAGAUGAGUGUGAGAUCCUGGAAGUCAUCCAGAAACUUUGCACAUGCUGUGUGUGUGAAUGUGGGCCGGUGAAGCUGUUGUUUGUGCUGGACAGCUCCGAGAGUGUGGGGCUGCAGAACUUCACGCUGGAGAAGGAGUUCAUUAUCCGAGUUAUCAACAAGAUGGGCACCUUCAGGAGUGAGAAGAAUGAGCCAAGUUCUCGCGUUGGUGUUGUGCAGUACAGCCAUGAGGGAACUCAGGAGCUGGUGUCUAUGGGCAACCCUACAAUAACAUCCAUCACUCACCUGAAGAGCGCAGUGAAGAACAUGCGAUGGAUCGCUGGAGGCACAUACACAGGCGAGGCUCUGGAGUUUGCCCGCAAGGCGUUGGCCGGCUCUCAGCUCUCCAGAGGAGCGGUGGUGGUCCUCACAGACGGGCGGUCCGACACGAGGGACACCAAGCCCUUAUCCUCUCUCUGCUCCAUCCCAAACACCAAGGUGGUGGGUGUUGGCAUUGGGGACAUCUUCAGAAGGUCGGCAUACACCACCAUGUUGGAGGAGAUCACCUGUUUGGCCACACCCAAUCCAGGAUUCCUCCUGAAAAUCACUGACCAUGCCCAGCUACUGGAGGAGCACUUUCUCAGCAUUGUUACAGAUGCCAUUUGUCAUGAUAAGAAGUGUCCAGAUUAUAACUGUCCAGCUGAGUUCAAGGAGGCCACUGACAUUGUCUUCAUGCUGGACGGGUCCUCCAGCGUGGGCCGUGCCAACUUCCAGAAGACCAGAGACUUUGUGGAGAUUGCGGCGAUCACAAUGCUCCUCAACCAUGCUGGGGGGCAACUACGCAUCUCCGUCCUCCAGUACAGCGACAGCCGGCGCCAGCGGUCAGAAGUCCCCUUCACAACCCAAGUGGGGGAUGUUCAAGCGGGACUAAAAGCUACACGCUUCAUGGACGGAUCCAGCAAUCUCCCUGCAGCCCUAGCGUUCCUCUCCUCCACUCUGCAGAAGGAUGGGCGGCCGGGGGUCGCCAGAAAGGUGGUGUUAUUCACAGACGGGCGCUCUGCCGGAGCCACCAGUGCCACCAUAGCCAAUGCUGCGGCCACUGCCCUGGGACAAGGUAUCCAGCUCCUGGUUCUCACUGUGGGCAAGGACUACGAUGAGGCGGGGGUGUGUCAGCUGGUUACCGGGCAGUUGGGUGGGUUUGACUACAGUGUUGUGGACAGACGUCUCCUGCAGGUGGCGAUGUACAAAGACCUGGCCAGACCAGCAGUUGUACAAAGAUUGGUGAGAAAGCUGACCAAAGUGUAGAAGUCUUAGUGCCCUACCAGUGUCAGGUUAAGGAAUGUAAAUGUAUAUUCUAGUGUUGGUAAUGUGGAGCCCUUAAGCAUGAACUGAAUCAAUAAACUAACCCCAAAAAAGUA